AUGAGAUGGUUACUCUUUGUGGCGUGCGCUCUGGAUUACUCCGUGUGCAAAAAUGAAGAUCAGGAUCGGACGACGGACGCCACCACAAGACCCCCGCCGCCUCCCAUCGGACCGUUCGCUCCCGGAGGCAACCCGCUCGCAUUCACAGCGAAGCCUCUCGAGGUCCUCCAGCAGACUUUCACUCCCAGUAUCCCCGAGCAGUUCCUUCAAACUAAAGCCUCCAACCAGCAGGCAUCUACCACUAGGAGCUUCAGUUUUCUAGAUACGAAAUCGCCCGGCGACGGCGUCAGUUUCCAGCUGAAAGUACAGCAUCCGCUCCAAAAAAACUCCUCACCGAAGCCGGACGAGGUCCUGCACGUGGGCAGGCUGCCCGUGGCCGAGCAGGAGCAGAAUCGGCAGCGCGAGUCGAGCAACCGAAACCUCGAAAAUGGACAUAGCCGAGCGAGCGGAAUUCCCGGAGAGGUCGUCCUCGUUGGGGAUCGUCCGGUUGUGCUCUCCGAUGUCCAUCAACGUCUGCCCCAUAAGCAUUUAGAGAGAGAGGAAAACCCCGCCACACACACUCUGAACACUGUCCACUUCACAGCUCAGAGGUCGAAACAGGACGGCAUAUAUUUCGUACCUCCCGUAACUCCCGCGGAUCGCGCCGUCACCGGUGAAGAUCUGCUCAACACGAUUCGUCCCUCGAAUAAUAUAAUCACUCCUACCGAUCUACCGAAAAUACCAGAACCAACCUCACAGAACGAAGAAGGCGUUGAGCAGCGUUCGUUUUCGGACUCGCCGUUCCAGAACGCUAUACCGGUGCAGGAGACCGCCGAGCCCGGUCGAGGGAGUCGGGAUACAGGUCUCUUCCAGGAUGUCAACACCGGGGAAGUCGCUCCGCAACAAAAUACCAGGUUCAUCCAGGGCGUGACCGGCGACCAGAUCAGCCUGCCCGAAUCGGGUUCGAAGAUCCAGGACCCCGACGAAAGGAUGUCCCGCAUCGAAGCAGAUUUCCAUAACGGACGCCGGACGGCGCUCGAUCAAGGUGUUCGGGACCCCACUCUCGUGCAGGACGAGCCGGUUCAAUCGAAGGUUGACUUUUCGAAAGAGAGUUUCGAAGAGAAUUUCCGGCGACAAAAGGAAGAGUUGGAACGAAAAUUCUCAGCGAAAGAAUUCGACCCCGCCACACUAUCGGUCACAGAGUUCCCAAAAGCGGAAACGUUUCUGCCUGAAAGGGAUCCGAGCCCCAGUUUCGAAACGCCGGCGAAACGUCAAAAUCAGAUUGUGCGGAAGAAUCCGAAUUUCCAAGAUGGUCUGGGGGAGCCGAGAACCAAGACCAUUGAUUUCACUAUAGAGAGUAAACACCAUACGGGAGCAGUCACGACGCAGACCUUCACGCAGGUGGUUCCUCUGAGAUCUCGAUUGCGGCAGCAGCAGCAGCAACAACAACAACAGUCAGCGCCUUUGAACAAACCAAGCGACAACAACGGCGAGCGUUUCGUCGAACUUGCUCCCGUACCGCCUCCGCCGAAUGCAGGUCCUGUCCUCGGGGCGCAAACCCCGAGUCCCGCGGCGCAGCGACAAACGUUCAACCGAGCAAUCCUGGAAGAUCAGAGGCGUUACCGCGAAGAACUUCGACUCUUCGAAGAGGACCAGCGGAAAUACAGGGAGCAACAGAGGAGGUUCGAGGAGGACCAACGGCGAUUUGAGGAGAAUCGCAGACGAUUCGAAGACGAGGAGAGACGUUUCAAUGAGCAACGUCUGAAAUACGAAGAAGAAAAACAACGCUUCGAGGCUGAGCGAAACACAAGAACGCAACAGAUUGCCUCCCUGCAGCGCGUCGACGAGCAGGUCGAUCUGAAAUCGCCUCCCGCAUCGCAGGCGCCGCCUCCACCCCGACGCGUUCAGAAAUUCAGAGAGGGAACUCCCGCGCCUCCAGCGGAGCGAGACCAAGUUCGAGCAAAUGAUGAUCAGUUUUCCUCUCCUGAACUUCAACCAACUCAGAAACCGGCGAGGAACAGGGUCCGCAUCCCGACCGAGAGCCGGCACUUCACGAUCGAGCAUACGACUCAAGCGAAAACUCCAAACGUUCAAGUCGUGGAUGUCGAAGUUAAGAUCCCCGCCGCACAGGAGCUUCCGCUUAACCACAGACAGACAGGGGAGAUUACCGAUGACCCCUUCUUCCCGGUCCCACUCUCCAAUCCGGAUCAAAAACCUGUUUCGAACACGUUUCCCAGCCGGAAAGCCCAGUCCCGGGAGCCAGCGAGAUCCCCGUCGAAAAAAGGCUUCAAUUUUUCCCAGGGCACCAUUUACACUGAUGGUCCGAUCAACGAAGAGCGAAGGACGCCCCAACGGAACCGCACCAGCACGCGGAACAGAAACGGCGUACAAAGGGAUCCGAUCGGCUCAGACAGCGUCGCGCCUGAGUCGAACGACAACUCUCAAAAGAACCAGGGUCACGUAGACAACUCUCAAAACGGCGGCGGAGACUUGCCAGGAACGCCUGGCGUCGAUUAUCCGAUCUACUCAAUAGUUCCAGACACCACGUUCAACUGCAAAAUCCAAGAGAGUGCAGGAAUGUAUGCCGAUAUCGAGACAGGAUGUCAGGCAUUCCACAACUGCGAUCCAUUAGGACACAAGAUGAGUUUCCUUUGUCCGAACGGCACAAUAUUCAAACAGGAACUUUUCAUUUGCGACUGGUGGUACAAUGUUCAAUGCAACGAUUCGGAUAAAUUCUUCCACUUGAACACUAACAAGUACACGACACCGAGACCUCGAAAAAGAAGACGUCGCGUAGACGGGAAACGGAAGGCCUCUGCCUGAGAGCACCCGGUUUCUGUUCCUACAAAGAAUCCCCUACCGCCAAGCGUAAGAUCCGAACGCAAUGGGCUCAUGGGCCAGGGAGUUUCCCAGCUCGAGCACAGCGGGAGCUCCCAACGUGUACGUUCGGA